AAACAGGUCCUUCUUGAUGAUCUCCACCUCCACCUCCUCCGGCGCGACCUGGCGCCGACCGCUUAUCGCGGCAGCGGCUGUCGCUCUGUUCGGCACCACCGCAAUGGGCUUCCGCGGCUCGGCGCUCGUCAACGAGGCAAAGGCGGCCGCGGCAGAGCACCGUGCUCGGAUGUUGACGCCACCACCGGAGAAGGGAGGGACGGUCGACGACGGCUUCCUCGGCUUCGCCCCGGCGGAGAACGCCAAGGGCCCUCUCGAGGAGGAGUGGCGCAAGCAGGGGUGUGUCACGUGCCCCGACGGCGGGUUCUGCUGCCCGGCACUGGGCUGCAAGAUCACUGAGACGGUCCUGAUUGGCGGGAACGAGGCCACCUACCAGACAAACCUCUGGGUCGAGCACGGCAACUUCCCGUGGUACGCGUACCCGGCCAUCCCCGUGCUCAGCUUCACGCACCCCGUCUGGACCUUCCUCCAGAUCAACAAGGAGUGGUGGCUGUACUGCUUCCAGAACAACGCGGGCGACUCGGACGGCGACGGCAAGCCCGACUACGCCGACGAGGAACACAAUCCGUGAGCCCGCGCCGCAGAGCGGGGCGGGCCCCGCGCCCGCACUGCUGUCUCGUGCCCGCCCCUCUCUCGCAAGCGCGCCGGCUCGCGGCCCCCCGCGAGCUUAAGGAGAGCGCCCAACAGCGCCCCUUCCUCCGCGCAUGCUGCAUGUACGGCGAUUCGUCUCUCCCUCCGAAGCGCCCCCUGCUCUCCAUCAGCAUCACAGAGGCAACUCUAAAUUGACGUGUGUGAGAGUGUGGUGGUGGGUGUGCGUGUGGCUUUCGUGGUGGGCCCGCGUGUGAGCCUUCAGCCCGCAGGAAGACUCGGCGCCAAGAGGUGUGAUCGAGGCUGUUUUAGACAUG